AUGAGCGAGGAGGCAGCAAUGCAGUUUGACUAUGAUGAAGCCAAGUCUCGGUUGCUUCAGGUCUCAGACAAGACAGUUCGUGAUCAGCGCUUCGAGGAAUUGGACGCGGCUCGCCAUGCUCGAAUCCAACUCAACAGAGAAUUGGAAAGGCAGGCCAAAGAAGCCGAGCUGGAAGAGGACUGGGAAACGGCCAAGUCCCUAUUAUCUCGCAUUGAGGGCAAGGAAGGCCCUUUCCUUCUCCUGGCGUUGGAGUACAGUCGAAGACGGCCGGACUGGGGCUUGAGUGAACCGGAGGAAGUGAUGGAGCAGCUUAAAAAGGAAUACCCCGAUCCACGCCUCGAGCAAGUUGAGCUUGAUGAAAAUUACGAGAAUGCGAGAAUGACCGGCCACCCGCAGAGGAUCGGUCAUUAUCGUGGGCUGCUUCGUGCCAACAGACGGAAGAUUGGCACCUUCUGGGAAGCACCUGAUGACUAUCGCAAGGUAUUCCAGAUGAUGGCUGAAGACAUGCGCGAGGCUAGUGACAAGGCCUGGUACGCAGCCCCAGCUCCACCUGGGGAGAUAGAGCUUCGAGCCCAAUCGCAAUCUGAACCUCAACGACGGAAUGUCGCCGAAGGACUCCGCCUGCUACAAAGGGCGCGAGAACAAACCGAACCUCAGCCGGAUAUUGACGAAGAACUCCGCUUGUUAGACAAGGCACGGGAAGAGAUAGUCAAGGGGCAUGACAAGGCUAAAGCUAUCCUACGCCAGGGAUCGACCGAAGACUCCCAAGAAGCCCUCAAAGCAGUGGAGAGAGGUGGAUGGAUGAUGCUCGCCGACUUGGAGGAGACUGAGACUUCACUCGUGGCCCAGGCUGAUGAUGUGUCUGAGGAAUGGACACUCGAAGCUCAAAUGACAUUGCUGUUUCUCAUGGAAGAAGAGUCGAGAGCCAGGCUUGAGAGGGCCAGGUCCCUACUGGCUCCAUACUCGCAUAGCAGCCAAGCCAGGAGCCUCCGCAAGAAAAUUGACCAAGCGCAGGCUAAGAAGAAACGCUAUUUUCAGAGAUGCAGGGAUACGCUUCUCGCAGGUAGAAGACUCGAAGAUGUAGAGGAAGAACAGUGA